CUCCCACUGGAGAAGGGAGGGAAAAGGUGCAAGGAUACAGCGGCGCUAAACGUCGCUAGCAGGUGCAAUAUAGCAUAAGGAAUUGUUCAACGUCGGGACGUGUCAUGGCUCAGCAUUUGGUGUUUUCGUCCAUUUGAUCAUCGUGGCCACGCCUGUUGCCAACCAUAAGCCUAGUGUCUCUACUUGGCGAAUGUCACGAACCUGGAAUCCAUCCUCCUUCUGACUCCAGACUGACCACAGUCUUUCGAUACAGAAAAAAUCGCCGUACCAGCCAGUGCCAUGUCAGGUACUUACACUCCGGCCCCAGGUGGGCCGUUCUCUGCUCUCACUCCAAGCAUGUGGCCCCAAGACAUUUUGGCCAAGUACCAUCAAAAAGACAACUCGGAACAAAAUGAACAGAAGUAUGAUGAGUUUGGCUUUAAAAUCGACGUCGAAGAAUCUGAUGAGCCCAGUCCUUGGCUGGGCACCGAAGGCUCACCACAACGUGAAAACCCACAGCAGAGGUUAAGGUGGCAAGCUCAUUUGGAGUUUACGCAUAAUCACACCGUGGGCGACCUCACCUGGGAGCUCAUUGCUCCUGUCCUUUCGCGCUCUGAGCGUCUGCGCUCACUAGUGCUCGGCGGCAUUCCUCACAGCAUGAGACCACAGUUAUGGAUGCGUCUGUCUGGCGCAUUACAGAAGAAGAGGACCUCUGAGAUCUCGUAUAAAGAAAUUAUCAAGAACAGCACCAAUGACGACACCACCACAGCUAAACAGAUCGAGAAAGAUCUGUUGCGGACAAUGCCAACCAAUGUGUGCUUCAAUAGCCAGACAAGUGUUGGGGUAGCAAGGUUGCGGCGGGUACUUCGAGCACUGGCCUGGCUUUACCCCGACAUCGGGUAUUGUCAGGGAACUGGCAUGGUGGUUUCCUGCCUGCUGCUCUUCAUGGAGGAGGAGGAUGUGCUAUGGAUGAUGUGUGCCUUGAUAGAAGACCUUCUCCCUCCGUCUUACUUUUCUUCCACAUUGCUGGGCGUCCAAACGGACCAGAGGGUACUUCGUCAGCUCAUUGUUCAAUACCUACCAGCACUGGACCGCCUUUUACUGGAGCAUGACAUAGAGUUGUCGCUGAUUACAUUGCACUGGUUCCUGACAUCCUUUGCCAGUGUGGUAGACAUUCGUCUGCUCCUCAGAAUUUGGGACCUCCUCUUCUACCAGGGCUCCUUGGUGCUUUUCCAGGUCACACUGGGCAUGCUCAAGAUUAAGGAGGAGGAGCUUAUCUCAUCAGAGAACUCUGCGUCCAUUUUCAACACGCUGUCCAACCUACCCAGCCAGCUGAAAGAUGGGCCUGCAGUUCUUGGCGAGGCUAUGAGGCUGGCAGGAAAUUUGUCCCAGGAAACUCUAGAAGCUCAUAGACACAAGCACCUUGCAUACAUACUGAAUGAACAGGCCCAACUCAACAGUGGAAACAAUACGCCGCUCAAUGCUAAUUUGAACAAGCCGGUGAGAAGGCAAUCCCUGCGGCGAAAGUCUACGCUAACCUCCCUGCUCUUUGGGGAGGAUGAGGCUGAAGCGCUCAAAUCCAAAAACAUUAAGCAGACGGCACUGGUGGCGGCCCUUCGGGAGGCCAUAACCAGCACUGCAGAGCAUUUCCACUGUCUGGACCCACGUCACUCCAGCGCGGAGUUCACCCCAGAUUACUCCAUGGAGAGCCACCAGCACGACCAUGAAAACUUCCUGGUCGUCUCUCGAAACCGGCGGAGAAGGGCAAAGGCAUUGCUGGAUUUUGAGCGGCAUGACGAUGAUGAGCUGGGCUUCAGGAAGAAUGACAUCAUCACUAUCGUCUCACAGAAGGAUGAACACUGCUGGGUUGGAGAGCUCAACGGUCUGAGAGGCUGGUUUCCUGCAAAGUUUGUUGAGAUCCUUGACGAGAGAAGUAAAGAGUACUCGCUAGCAGGCGAUGACUCUGUAACAGAAGCUGUGACCGAUCUCGCCAGAGGGACUCUAUGUCCGGCCCUUAAGGCCAUCUUCCUGCAUGGCCUCAAGAAGCCCUCCAUUUUGGGUGGGCCCUGUCAUCCGUGGUUAUUCAUAGAAGAGGCAGCCACUAGAGAGGUAGAGAGGGACUUCAACUCUGUCUACUCCAGACUGGUUCUCUGUAAAACAUACAGGUUAGAUGAAGAUGGGAAGGUACUUACGCCAGAGGAGCUCCUAUACAGAACAGUGCAGUCAGUCAACAUGAGCCAUGACAUGUCGCACGCUCAAAUGGACGUCAAAUUCAGGUCUCUUGUCUGCGUCGGCCUCAAUGAGCAGGUGCUGCACUUAUGGCUGGAGGUGUUGUGUUCCAGCAUGGCGGCUGUCGAGAAAUGGUAUCACCCGUGGUCAUUUCUACGCAGUCCGGGUUGGGUUCAGAUCAAGUGUGAACUCAGGGUUCUUUCCAAGUUUGCCUUUAGUCUCUGUCAAGAUUGUGAGCUCCCUGACCGGAAAGAGGAGAAGGAGCAGAGACCACUUAAAGAAGGCGUGCAGGACAUGCUGGUCAAACAUCACCUGUUCAGCUGGGAUAUUGAUGGCUAGAUAAACACUUUAAAGACAAAUACUGAAUCCGAUACUGGUGUAUGCAUGCGUGUCUUUGAACCAUCUUUUUGUCUGAUUGUUACAGACCGGAAGUCAGAUCUUGGACAGUUUGCAAGUAUGGACAAUGGUUACACAUUUCAAUGACUGUGAAACGCCAUUACCUUUAAGGACCACUACAGUAGUUUCUAUGAAGUGUGUGAGUGCAUCAAGAUGCAUCAUAUUUUUUUGUCAGUGUGGGAGGUUUUACUACAAAAGCUAAAACAAGAAUAUAUUAAGUACAGAAUAAUCUGUAUCCUCUGGACUGCAGCACUUUUCUUCAGCUAUUCUGGUUUUUAAUUUUAAUGAACCGGUUGGUUGUUGGUGCAGGAGAAACACUCUCUUGCAUACUUCGACACUACUAACACGUUUAACAUGGUCCUAAGUAAGCUGAAAUAACUUAUCAAAACCAAAACAUUCCUUGAGCUGUAAACUUCUAUAUGUAUUUUUGAGAUAAAUGUUACUUAUCAACUCUUAUUACACUAAAUGUUGAAAUACUAACAUCGCACAUGCCAAGUAUAGCCUUUACAACUUGUGUAAUAAGAGUGGAGGUGUGUGUAUGCAUGCUACCUUAACAGCGGUAGUGAACAGUGUGCUCAAAAAACCUGUUUGUUCUACAAUCCAAAUAAAUGUUACCUGAAUAUAUAUACA